GUGGCGGUGAAAUGUGACGUGACGAAUUGUUUCGGAAAGGCAGUGAUAUUGUGUGCGUGCGUGCGUGCGUGUGUCUGUAUGUGUGUGCAUGCGUGCGUGUGUUUCGUGCUCUAGUGCUGCAUCCUGAAAAACGCGUGGACGGUUUAAAUAGCUGUAGAGAAACAUACUUGUUCGUCUCUAUGUGUAACAGCAGGGGCCUGUGCAGCACGCACGCAUCUAGUAGGAAGAAUCACAGCGGAGGGGUGUGGAGUGUGACAAACUCUUCCCCGACAAUAAGUAUCAGCCGUUUUCUCUUCUGUUUUUCUUUCCCGUUAGUCUCUUUCUUCGUGGAUCUAUCAUCCCCACCUCAGGGCCAAAUAUCUCUGUCUUCGUUUGGCUAGCAGUGACCGUCGCCGUGGAAAAUAUGUUCUGUAUAGUACACGCGGUAUCGCUGUCGCCGUGGUUGGUACUAGUGUCAGUACUGCUGGUGGUGCUAGUUCUGGUGCUGAGGAUGGUGUAGCGCGGGUGUGCGCGCGCGGUGCUGCCUCGACGGCAUACAGUGCGGACGGUGGCUUUAGAUUCGAAGCUACGGAAGAAGAGCCGCGAGCUCGGCCGUGCUCCGAUGGCCUGAUAUACACUACGAGACGCGUAUAUGAAGCUACACUGCCCUGACUCGUCGAUGGGCGUGCGGGGGUGACUGGAGUGAUGGGAUGGGGCCAGAGCCCCAUGGAGUUCGGGUAGACCCGUCUCCGGCCCAACUCCCCAGCCCCCUCCGCCAUCAAUAUCGUCACAGCUCAAGCCAGCGUCGCAGAGGGCCGCCUCGAUCGCGAUGGAGGCUUCUAACAAUCAACAACAAAAGGAGAAGGAGUCACGCGUUCACAGGCCUUGCGCCUUCGACAAGAUGGAGGGGCUGGUGCGGGAGAUGCAAGACCCUGAGAACGGGGUACCCGUGCGCAGCCAAAAACAAUUUCUCACCUCAAUCCCCUCAGCUUUCAUGGGUUACGACCUCAUCGAGUGGCUGAUGGAGCGGCUUUCCAUCGAAGAAUCAGUAGAGGCGGUCCAUAUUGCCAAUCAACUCUGCCAGUAUGGCUACUUCUUCCCGGUGAAUGACUCCAAGACACUCACCGUAAAGGAUGAUAGUUCUCUGUAUAGAUUUCAGACACCAUGUUAUUGGCCAUGGCAGCGUAGAACCCCUGAUAAUGUGGAGUAUGCUAUUUAUCUAUCUAAGAGAACUCUAAGAAACAAGCAACGCCAUGCUCUUGAAGAUUAUGAAAUCGAAGCUUUAAACAGCCUACGUAGGAAUUUGCAGAACAAAUGGGAUAUUAUACAACUUCAAGCCGAAGAACAGGUACGCUUAUCGAAGGAACGAAAAAAAGGGGACAAGAUAGUGAGCGAUUCACAGGAGCGAGCAUUUUGGAGAGUGUAUAGGCCACCACCUGGUUGCCUCAGUAGUCUUGAAGUAGCACCCGUACCUACACGUUUUCGUCCUGGACUUUCGCGUCCUCCGUCACGUAAACGUACUUUAACCGACCUGCAGCGCGAGGUGGCCCUAUUGAAAAACAGUUUAACACGUACAAGAAUAAAGGUUUCGGCUGCAAUUGAAAAUUUGAAAUCAUACUUCGAAACAUAUAUGGAAUACGAUCCAAUGUUUAUACAGCCACAACCCUCCAACCCAUGGAUCACCGAUGAUCAAACAUAUUGGCAGCUGAACAGCCCUCUGGUGGAAGUUCCUACAGAGAAGCGCGUCAAGCGUUGGGCAUUAUCAAUGGAAGAGUUAAUGUCUGAUCCUACAGGUUUGCAAGAGUUUACAAAUUACUUGAGAAAAGAGUACAGCCAUGAAAAUAUACGAUUUUGGUUAGCGGUUAAAGAUUUAAGGCAUAGCUUUCAAGCUCAAAUACCAGACAAAGUCAACGAAAUCUUCAAAGAAUUUCUGGCACCUGGAGCUCCUUGCGAAAUAAAUAUCGACGGAAAGACAAUGGAAAAGAUUCAUCAAGAAAUGAAAAAUCCAAAUCGAUUUACAUUCGAUUCCGCCGCUGAACAUGUAUAUACGUUACUUCUGAAAAAGGAUUGUUAUCCAAGAUUUAUUCGCUCCGAUCAGUAUCGAAACCUUCUAGCUGCCGGUGUGCAACCUUUGCAAAGAAAAAGAUUUUUCGUCUUUGGCGGACAAGCCAAGAAGAAAGUUUCUUCGACUUCGGCUCCAACGACUUUGCAGCAACACGGUGUAUGUAGUGGCAGCGGUACUAAACGUAGAGGAAGCGAUCGAAGCCUUUCCGGAUCUGCUCAUGAAUUAGCUAUUUGUGGUAUUCGAGAGAUAACUUCAACGCCUAGAGUGCCCCAUUCCCACAGUCAGUCGAACCUCGCUGACAUCCCAUACAGGGGAGAUCUGGCUCGACUUGUAAAGAUUCCUACGAGGCCUAUUCCGCAUAGCGUUCAGGAUGUUGGCACGUCCGAAACGGUGGCUCGCCCUAUGGACGACGUCUGUCCGUGGGACACGGCUUCAGGACCGAGUAUAGAGCACGUCAUGGAUUGCACACCACAACAGCAUCCAAUGUCAUCUGGAGUAACGUCGUCGGUUGAAAGUCAAGGGGAAGAGGGCAACAAUUUGAUUGGACAAUCGUCACAGUCUAUCGAAGUUGUACGUGCAUCUCGUAAAAACUCGACGCAAUUGGAUUCCUGUAGUUCUUCAUCCGACGUCAGUCUGGCGAUAGCAGAGGUUCCUGAACAUCUUCGAAAGUCUUGUACCUUGCAACACAGUAGCAGUACAGCUGGUGCAACAACAACCACCGCAGAACGAACCAGCGGUGGAUUCAGUAUAACAACGCGAAACUAUUCAAUCGGCUCAACCAGCGGAAGAGUAAAGCUCGCGGAAAUCGGUCGACCAUCUGCUUCGUUCUGUAAUUACCCAUCCUCGCCGCAACAUUCGUUCGAGCAUAGUCAUGUGAUAACUGAGAAAUCGACAGAGACAUCUGCAAGUGGAAAAGGUAUUUCUGAGGGGGUCGAAAGUAACACGAGGUCAAAAGUCUCGUCGUUCGAGAGGGAAGUGACGACGAAAGCUUUGACCAAAGCUCCUCUGAUAAGCAUUAGCGCGAUCGUAGGUGAUCUACCGAGCGACAGUUCGACGGUUGAAGUUGUGGAGAAGGCAGACAACAACUGUGCGGCAGGAGUAAUAAAGGAAGAAGGGAAAGAAGUCGCAACGAGAAAGCGAGAAUUGGAGCCUGAUAAAGCUGAUCAAGCAGCAAUUACCUCGGAGGGAAAUUCAGCGAUUAUCACUCAAGUAGAAAUGCAGACCGUGGAAUCGUUGGAGGAGGCGCAGGUUGUUCCUGUUUGGGAGCCGGACACCCAACAGGACGAUCAAAUAGCAUCUGUUACUCAACCGACGACUCAGCAAAAGCGUGACAAUAACGUUAACGAAGUGUGCCCGUGGGAAGACGAGGAAAACUGUCGAGUGGAUGCACCCUAUGUGAAAACCUACGCGACCUUAGGUUACUUAUAACUUUGCAUUGGUACUAAACAUACAUUUUACAUAUAAACAUUCACAACUUUAAUUUCCAUUUUCCUUCGCUGUACCAAGCUCGAGUGCCCGAGCUAGCGCGUAAUAAAGAUUUCUUUCUUUCUGUUCUCCUUUUUUUUUACUUAAUUCUUAAAGACAGACUGACUAGUUGUUAGAUUAUUAUAUGUUUACAUGUUUAGCCGUAAUGUUCGACGGGAAAGAAAAUCGUUUCUAUCGCAGAGAAAAGUGGGAAAAUUUUGCAAAUGCUCCGAAGGGAGGGUACUCGCGUGUCUAUACGCCACUAAAUCUCUCACACUCGUACGGUGACACACA